AUGAUACUACUUCCAAGAGCUAACAAAUUUGUCAAAUGUUGUAUCCUGAAUAUAGCUAGCUCCCCAAAAUGUAAGUUGGCAACCAUUGCAGCUACUUCCAAAUCGGCUAAUGUAUCAAGAGAACUUGAAAACUGGGAUAGAGGUGGUCGAAAAGACAAAAGCAUUGGCAAUGGCAAGAAAGUUAGAAAGGAGGAAAUUAAUUUUACACCAUUAUACGCGUCAAUGAAGAGGUUGAUAGAUCUGAAUCCAGGAUGUGUUAGUCUUAUACAGGUUGGGAGUUUUUAUGAAAUGCAUUUUGAUCAAGCUGAAGAGUAUGGACCAAAAUUGGGUUUGAAAGUUGCUUAUAAAAAAACUAGUAAUCAUGUUAUUCCAAUGGCAGGUUUUCCCUUAUCUCAACUUAAAAAAUUUAUGGAAAUGUUGAUACAUGAUCAUGAAGUUAGUGUUGCAAUCAUUGAUCAAUAUAAUAACCUUAGCAAAACGAAUCAAAAUUUGAUACAUAGAAAGGUUUCAAGAAUAGUCUCACCAGGGACUUUGAUUGAUGAAUCAUUUUUAAAUUUUAAUCAAAAUAAUUUCAUGCUUUCAAUAUCGCUUCCGCCAAAUAUGAUGAAACAGCCAGCAGAUCCAGAUAUGAUCAUUGGAUUAGCUUGGGUAGAUGUUUCAGUCGGUGAUACCUUUGUUCAACAAACUACAUUGGGUAAUUUGAUUUCUGAUAUAUCAAGAAUUAAUCCCAGUGAAAUUUUGAUAUCAAAAGAGUAUAUGGAAUCAUCAAAAUCAUUUGUUGAAUGGUUCCCACCUUUGCAAGAACUUAGACGAUACUUUGUUAGGUUUCACAACACUCAAUAUUCAGAUUUAAAAUUACAAUUUAAGGCAACAGUUCCUGCUGUGAGAAAGGCGUUGGAAGAUUUAAGUGUUCGAGAACAAUCAGCUUUAAAUUUGGCUUUGUCAUAUGUCAAUGUAAAUUUACCAGACGCGGAUUCAUUACUAGAUUUACCCAUUAGAUACCAUAGUAAAGAAAGUCUUCAAAUGGAUUCAAGAACAAGAGAGGCUUUGGAAUUGACUGAAAGAGGCUCAGGAAGGAAAGUCUCUGCUAGUGGGACUCUUUUAUCGACGAUACGAAGAACUUGCACAUCAUCAGGAUCGAGAUUAUUGAUCCAAUGGUUAAACUCUCCAUUAUUAAAUGUGAAAAAGAUUCAAGAAAGGCAAAAUUAUGUGAAGCUAUUUCUUUCCGAAAAUCAUUUAAGACUCGGUGUAAAACACCGUUUACAAAGAAUAGCUGAUUUUAUACGUAUAGUCCAAAAAUUGUCGGCUGGAACUGGUGAUGAUAUUACGAAUUUAAAACAAAUUGCUGAUACACUAAUUGAAUUAAGGGACUUAAAAUUAUUUUUGGAAGAAUUUACUAAUAAUAAUAUCGACAAAUCGGAAGUGUUGUUGAAUUUCACUAAACAAUUUGAUAUCCCAUUAUAUGUUGCUGAAACAAUCAAUGAUGCCAUUAUUCAAGAGGAAUUAAAUAAUAUUGAUGUAAUUGAUAACCUGGCUGUUGGUCAACAACGAGCCAUUGAUGAUGAUGAGGCUGAAUUUGAAGAGGAUGACUUAUUUACGAAUAAUUUUAUGAAACAAUACAGGAUAAGAGAAGAUGAAGAAUCAGUUUCACAAUCAUAUUUUGUAAUUCGACCGGACUAUAAUGAAGAGCUAAAGAAAUUACAUGUUGAGUUGGGAAGAAUAGUUGAAAAAGAAAAUGAAUUUUUGCAGGAUUUACUUAAAGAACUUCAGCAAUAUGAUCCUAAACUUACAAUAUCUAAAAAGGAUCAAUUAGGGAAACUAUAUAAUGUUUUGGCUAUAUCUGGUAAAGUGUCUUCGAUAAAAAAAAUUGCCCAUGCAUUACAUCGUGACGUCUUACUGCAAAAGAAAACAACACUCGUUUAUAGGCCCGCAAUGUGGAAUACAUUACAACAAGAAUUGCAUUCUAAACAAGAUUUGAUAAAAGAAAUUGAAAACGAGAUUAUUCAAAAUUUGAGAAAUGUGGUUAUUAAUGAAAUUCCUAAACUUAGGUUAUUAGCAAAAGCUGUUGACUUUUUGGAUGUAACAUCUUCAUUUGCAACAAUAGCAGAGGAAAAUGAUUGGGUGUGUCCAAGUAUUGUUGAAAGUUCAAAAUUGCGAAUUCAAAAAGGUCGUCAUGUCGUUGUUGAGUCGAGUUUAAAAAGUUCUGGUAAUAUGUUUACUUCAAACGAUUUGUCAUUGAGUGCAACCAAAGAAAAAUUAUGGGUAGUUACAGGUCCAAAUAUGGGAGGGAAAAGUACAUUUUUGAGGCAAAAUGCAUUAAUUGUCAUAUUAGCACAAGCUGGUUCAUUUGUGCCGGCUGAAAAGGCAACAAUAGGUGUCGUAGACAAAGUAUUUACUAGAAUCGGAGCAUCUGAUGAUUUGUAUAAUGACUUAAGUACGUUUAUGGUAGAGAUGAUUGAAACAAGCAAUAUUUUAACUCAUGCAACUUCAAAACUGUUAGCUAUAGUGGAUGAAAUCGGGAGAGGUACAAGCGGGAAAGAAGGUCUUGCUAUUGCUUAUGCUACCUUGGUCACAUUAUUGAAGAAGAAUAAGUGUCGAACACUAUUUGCGACUCAUUUUGGGGUGGAACUAGAUAAGUUGCUUAAAUCACUGAAUGAAGACCAGUCCCUCAUAAAAUUUUACAGGACAAGAGUGUUAAAACCAAAAAAUGAACAAGAAGCAGCAUUCAUAGAUCAUACAUUGGAACCUGGUAUUAGCGAACGUUCUUACGCAUUUGAAGUUGCUAAAAAAGCUGGAUUUCCUAAUUUUGCAUUAGAAGAGGCGGAAACUAUUUAUAGUAAGUUAUCUAUAUCUCCAUAUUGA